CCCACCCUGCGUCCCCCCGAUGGGGUUCCCGCCGGGCUUCCCCCCCCCCCCUCUGACCUGGACCACAGAGCCGGUUGUAGAGGAGCCGAUGCCGAACCCGCCUCCAGACCAGCCUGAGUGGAUUAAAGCGUUGAUUUCAGCUCCGACCACUGAAUCGACUCCAGACGAAACAAAAAAACCUAGCGAGGAGCCCGCCGUCACUACAGCACCUGUGGCGAACUCCGCCCCGAAACUUAAACCUAAAGUGGACCUCCUCAAAACUGCCAGAGCUCUCGGCCUGCUGGGAAAACGCACAUUUGAUAAGCCUCCACCAGGCAGGUCGACAGGAAUCAUCUCAUUCAUCGGGCCGUCCUUCGGAUACAUCGAGAGAGAAGAUCUGGAGAAGUUCACCUUCAGCUUUGACGCCUACUUUGGAAACCCCAAAUCCAUGACGCCCGGGGUCAGAGUUCACUUUACUGCCUGCAAGGAGAAGAAAAAUAGUCUGAUCGCGGCCGAUGUGAAAGUGGCUCCAGGUGGAACCGAGAACGUGGACACAGAGAUCUACGAGGCGGUGGUCAGUCAGCCCAUCACGGAGCCUCAGCCCGGCGAGCGCCAAUACCCUGGUCAGGUUCACGUGAACAUUGGGCAGCUGAGGACCAACCUGACGUUCGACAGGAAGGACAGCACGGUGACGCUGCUGAAGAACGACCAGGUGCUCAUCAACCUGCUGACCGACAUCGUCAGCGAGAAGAGGAGGGCCACCAACAUCAAACCCAAGAUCCCCUCCACCUUCAGCCACACCAAGGAGUGCCGGGAGAAGGGCGUCAUCAUCAGCCUGACAGACAACGAAGGAGUCAUCCGGUCGGACCAACGCGGUGAGCUUCCCUUCGACAUUAAAGAGAACUUCAGCGACGUUGAGUUCACCGCCGAGGACAUCAACGAGGAGGUCGAGUUCACCGUCCUCGAGCUGAGAUUGGAGAAGCGAGCGAUCAGGAUCCAGCGGGUAAAGGAACCCCUCCUCCUGACGCUCUGCUCCGCCACCGCCGCCGCCGCCGCCAUCGAGGAAGAGGCCGAGAACCAAAGCGCUUACUUGGACAGUGACGAAGACUGUUCCAAGCUACUCAGAGGGAAGACCAACGUGGAGGCGGCAGCCAACAUGGAGCUGGACAGCGAGCUGUACGAGGGCAUCGUCAGUCAGCCAAUCAUCGAGCCCACACCCAUCAUGCAGGGUUACCCGGGUCAGAUCCACGCCAACAUCGGCCCCGUCAGAACCAACGUGACCUUCGACCAUCGGGACUGCGGCGUCACGCUGCUGAAGAACGACCACGUAUUGAUCAACCUGCUGGUGGACACGCAGAGCAAGAAGAGGAGAGCGGCCAAUAUCAAACCUAAAAUCCCCUUCACCUUCAGCUACACCAAAGAGAAGAGAGAGCUGGCCAUCAUCACCUGUCUGGGAGCUGAAGAAGGCAUCGUUAACUCUGACGAGCACGGCGAGCUUCCUUUCGACAUCUGUGAGAACUUCAGCGACACCGAGUUCAACACCACCGACAUCCACCAGGAGGUGGAGUUCACGGUGGCCAUGGUGAAAUCUAAAAAGAGAGCCAUCAGGCUACUGAGGACGAAGAGGGUCGAAGACAAAAUCCUGAAGGAGCAGAAAAAACGAGAGGAGGAGGACAAGAGGAGGAAACAGGAGGAGGAGAGGAAGAAGAGGCAGGAGGAGGAGGAGGAGGAGGAGGAGCGAAGGAGAGAGGUGGAGAGGAGGAAGAAGGAUGAAGUGGCAGCAGCGCUGUCAGCGGCCAAAUGCAAGUGGACGCCGCUCGGCUUCAAGAUGAGAGACCCCGACACGUUGGACGACAUCAGCAAGGAGCGAUUCGAAGGCACCGUCCUCAAAGCCAUUUCCAAAAACAUAAAGAAGAUCAAGAAGGAGCUGAAGGAGGAGCAACGAGGAGGAGGUGCUGAGGGAGGACAAACACUCCUCAGACUGGUGAAAAUUAAAGUGGAGAAAAUGGACGAGGAGGAGGAGGAAGGCAAACCUGAAGGAGCAGGAGAAGAGGAGGGUAAGAGAUUAGAGAUUAAAAAGGAGGAUGAGGAGGAGGUGAAGAAGAAGAAGAAUGAGUCUGGGGGCAGAGCCGCAGCAGGAGGCGGAGCCAAACAGGACCCAGAGAUGGGUCGACUAGUGAUGACCAUCGACGGUCAACAGAAGCAGCUUCCCUUCGGCCCCAACGACCUGCUGACCACGGCCACCAUGUUGGAUGGAGACAAGGUACGUUUCAACAUCGCCACCCAUCAGGAGACCAAAGAGGAGCGAGCGACCUACGUGGAAAUUCUCCCCGACUCCUUUGAAGAGUCCACCGAACAACGUCGACACGGAAUCGUGAUCGAGUUCUUGGACGACUCGGGGCUCAUCAAGUGCUCUCAGAACCCUCAACUCUACUUCCACAUGUCCGAGGUGAUAGAGAAGAAGAAACUGGAGCUGAACGAGAAGGUGGAGUUUAGCGUCGUCCCGCAUGAAACGGCGGAGGGGGGACAUCAGGCCAUCAGGAUAAAACGUCACACCGAGAGCGUUUUCCUCCCUGCUCGGAAACUGGGCGGAGUCGGUGCAAACAAAGGAAAGAUGACCAUCAAGCUGACAAAAGCUUCAGAAGACACAGAGAAAGCAAAACCAGAGACAGAAAAGCUGAAAGCGGUGGUGAAAAACCUUAGAUCGCAGGACAACAAGACCAGUAUCGGCAGAAGGGACUACAAUACCAGUCGGAGUAGAUAUGGACGUAGCAGGAGCAGAAGUCGGAGCAGGAGUCGGAGCAGGAGUCAAAGUAGGAGUCAUAGUAGGGUUAGGGCCAAGAGUAGGAGUAAAAGUAGGAGUCCACCCAGAGACCAGUUUGGACGUAUCAUUAAAAGCAGAUGCAGCACCAGUGUUGACUGCGAUCGUAAAAGCAGCAGGAACAGGCGAAGCCGAAGCCGAGAGAGGUCAAAGAGGUGCACCGGUAGCCCCGCUAAGAGCCGCAGCAGGAGUCACAGCCGAAGCAGGAGCUCCAGCAGGAGCCACAGCAGGAGCAGAGAAAGAAGCAAGGACAGGGCCAUCAAGAAGAGGAGCAAAAUUAGCAGAGAGCGUGAAGAAAGUCACAAGAAGAGGAGGGAGUUGAGCCCUCCUCCCAGACGUGUCGGAGUUAUGGAUGAUGAGCUGGCGAGAAAGAAGCGGGAACUGGAGGAGCUCAAUGAGAUGAUUGCCUACAAAAAGUCGCUGGUGGACAUAGAGCCUGGACAGAGGACCUGUAUAGACUACGACCAUGGCAGGAUCGCUGUUCCACUGACUGAGUACAAACCAGUUCGAUCUAUCUUAAAGAAACGACCAGAGGGUCAUCCCCCAUAUGAUGAUCCUUAUUAUGACCGGCCAUACAGUCCUUACCAAGAACGGCGGUACAGUGACCACUACGGUGAUCCAUACCCCAGCAGGCGUCCUUACAGCGAUCGGCCUUAUGGAGACCGCCCCUACGGUGACCGCCCUUAUGAAAAUCGUCUCUAUGGUGACGUUACCUAUAGUGGCCCUACGUCUGCCAGCCAACGUUAUACUGAUCGCUACGAUGUUUAUGAUGAACCCUAUGACGACCGCUACUAUGACCCGGCAUAUGCAGACCGACCAUACGAUGAUCCGUAUCGGCCUGUCAAACGGAGCCAGUCUCCAGAACCCCAUGGUUCCUCACCACCUUCUCAGUCCAGCCAAGUUCCUUCUGCCUCCACCCAACCUCCCUUAACACAUACUGUUGCCACUUCAUCUUCCCAACCCCCUUUCCGACCUCCUUCUCCCACAGAACCGCCUCCUAGAAGUCCCUCUCCCAAACAGAAGAACACAACACCGUGCCAAUCACCUCCAGCUGAGAAACCACCCCUUGAUCGCUUCCUUGACAUGCUUAACAAAAAGGUGGAUGCUGAAAAAAAAUCAGAACAGGUUUACGUGAAUGAUGACCUUCUGCCUCAUGAGCGGGCACUUCAGGAUGGCAGAGGUUUCUCUAGGAUUGUGGGAUUGGCUCAAGAGCAGCCAAGCACUAGUCUAGCACUAGAAGGGGGAAAAAACCAACUAAGCCCUAAACGGCCCUCGGUAGAGAGAACAAGUGAGGAACUAAAGAUUAAGACAGAACCCUAUGACAAGAUCCAGAGUCUACUCCGUACGAUUGGCCUGAAACUGAGUACAGGAGAUGUGUCCAAACUGGCAAGCAGAGCCCAAGAGAAAAUCUAUAGCCCAAAGUCCUCAUCCACAGAAAGAGAGACUUUGUCAUCCCCAAGGGAAGAACGGCAAACAAGUAGAACUAGUUCAAUUGAAUCAGAUCACAUCCAUUCCUCCUCCCCUGUCAGGUCCUCCAGUUUGGAGCCACUUAGCAGACAUAAAGCUGUCUCUGAGUAUGACGGAUUCCUGGACCAGCAAGAGUUGGAGGCAUUGAAGAAGGCACAACAGCUGCAAAGUCUUACCAAGACAAUGGGGAGCAUACCCUCCACCACUCCUCCUGCACAACCUCCUCCUGGGCCUCCACCUGCUCACCACCAACAGCCAAGCCCACCAAUCAGUUGGCCUGUUGGAAUGACUACUCAGAUUCCCCAAGCCCAGAGCUCCACAACCCUCAGCAUGGCCACCCCAGCUCCUCCUGCAGCUGGUCUACCACCCCAGAAAAUUGGACCUACUGCAGGAACUCCCCCUGGUCCUCCCCCUGGACCUCCUCCACGGCGUCAUGGACUGCCUCCUCCAGGGCCUCCUCCUGGUCCUCCACCUCGGCGCCCAUCCGGACAACAUCCUCCAGGGCCUCUACCUGGACCUCCAUCCCAUCACCCUCUUGGACAGCCUCUUUUCUCUCCACCCUCCAGUCAUGCAGGCCUUCCUUUUAUUGGCCAGCUUCCUGCAGCUCCACCCCUUAACUCAUUCAAUCCUUUGACCACUGCUGAAGUGACACCACCAUCAUCAACACCAGCAACAUCGAGUCCUACAAAUGAUGACCAGACAACCAUCUCUACGACAGUGGCCAGAUGCCUGAAGGUCAUUGAGACCGUGAAAUCUCUAGCUGUACAGCCACAAGCCAAACUGGUCAAAACAGUCCAGUUUAGUUUACCUACAGAGUCUCCAUCAGCCUCAAGUCCUCAGACCUCUGCAGAGACAGAUGAUGACAUAAAGAGCAAGCAGAAAGAGAAGCUGGAUUUGUAUAACCAGAGGGUUUUGGAAAAGAGGGAGCAGCAGUACAAGGAGAUGCUAGCCCGCAAGAAAGCAGAGAAGAACAGGGAUGGCACACUGAUCCCCCCAGGCAAGCCGACAAGCAGCGAGCCCAAGAACGUUUGGAUUUGUGGUCAUUCACUGGUGUACUGGGCGGAGUCACGGGCCAAGUCUCCAGAGGUAGGUAUGCAGCUGGGCAUGGACCCCAGCAAGGUGGCCAUCUGGUGGAAAGGCACCCAAGGCAUGACCUGGUCACAGCUCCUGCCCCAGCUCCACCAGCUGAAGGUCACCUGGCCCAACCCGGACGUCCUCAUCAUGCACCUGGGUGGCAACGACCUGAGCACCGACAGCCCCACUGACCUGCUGGCCUCCGUCAAAAAGGACCUGACCUCCAUGAGGAGCAUCUUUCCGCAGUGUGUCCUUGUGUGGUCCAACAUCCUCCCGCGGAGGGCGUGGCGCCACUCGGCUGACAGCCACGAAGUCGAUCUGGUCCGAACCACGGUGAAUCGCAGGAUCCAGAACAUCAUCUCAGAGCUGGGCGGCACCUCGCUGACCCACGACAACAUCAGGUGUGGCACAAACACGGGUCUGUAUCGGGCCGACGGCGUCCAUCUGUCCCCCAAAGGCAUCGACGUUUUCAAUCUGAACCUGCAGGACUUUCUGGAGAAGUGGGAGAUGGCCUCAGAGAAAAGCUAAGAGCUAAAUCACUUCUUCUGUUUUUAUGUUCUCUUUUAUUUCUGAUGAUAGCUAGACAGUGCAAUGUACAAGUCCAUUGAUAAAGUAUUCAGUUUGUAGUUUCAGCUUAUCGUGUAGGAGCAGCAAAUAUUGUCUGUCCUGAAACAAUUCAAUAUAAACUGAUCUGUUGUUUCUGUCUUUUCCUCUUCAUGAACACAACCUGCAGUUUUGGAUGUUACUUAAGAGUAGAUAUAUUAAAAGACAUUCUGUUCUUCCGCAUGUAAAUGUGAUUUAAAUAAAGAAAUGAUAAUAAUUUGA